GCUAAGAAAAGCGGAGUGCCGACGCUCCAGGAGGAGUUACCUUACUCAGCCUCAUAGGCCGGGCGCCAGAGGGCGCCACGGCUACGGCGUUUUGUUGGACGGCUGCGUCUCAGAGCAGGAGGACGGUGGCCCCACGCGACCUGGGUUGGGGUUGGCCUGAAGUAGCGCUCUGGAUUCAGAAAGAGCCUAAACUCUCGCUAGCUGCGCUUUUCGCUGCUACUCGAGACGACGCGGACUCGGAGACUUUGGCUUAAUCGCUCCCCCUCCCUUUUUUAUUGUUUGUGACGAAGAGCUGUUUGAAUGCUACAAGCUGCUGCUGCUGCGGCGACGUUUUGUUCUCUGCUGCCUACUCUUGCCUUCUCAAAGCCGAAGGGAGGGCGGCAGGCAGGCGGCCACGGAAACUUUCCGCUUCCCCAAAGCCAACAAGCGCCCGAAAGGGCUUUUCUUAGUCGGCGUGCGAAGGCGCUCUUUGAAAACUAGAGAAUGGCUGGAUUUCCCUGGGAGGGCAAGCGGGGUGGAUUUAAAGUCCUAGUCGCGACGCUCUCCGUGGCCUUGGUUUAUUCCUAUAACAUCGAUUUGGAUCAUCCCGUGAUUUAUCAAGGACCCAAUAACUCUUUCUUCGGAUACUCGGUGCUAGAGCAUUACUACGACAAUACCCGAUGGGUCUUGGUUGGUGCCCCAAAGGCAGAUUCUAAGUACAGUGCUUCUCUUAAGUCCCCAGGAGCUGUAUUCAAAUGUCGGGUUCAUACUAACCCUGAUAAGAGGUGCACAGAGCUGGAUAUGGGUCGAGCUAAUAUUCGAGGAACAUUCUGUGGAAAGACAUGUAAAGAAGAUAGAGAUGAUGAAUGGAUGGGUGUCAGUCUGGCAAGACAGCCAACGGUUGGAGGAAGUAUAUUGGCCUGUGCCCAUCGUUGGAAAAAUGUCUACUAUGAAACUGAGUACAUCCUUCCUCAUGGUUUUUGCAAUAUCAUCCCUCCAAACCUUGGAUUGAAUGGUAAAAAGUUAAUGCCUUGUUAUGAAGAAUAUAAGAAAAAAUAUGGUGAAGAACAUGGUUCAUGUCAGGCUGGAAUAGCAGGUUUCUUUACAGAGGAGUUGGUUAUCAUGGGAGCUCCAGGGUCUUACUAUUGGACAGGAACGAUCAAAGUCUUGAAUCUCACUGAUAAUACAUAUUUCAAACUGAAAGAUGAAUCUGUGAUAGCCAAGCGUUACAUAUAUCUAGGAUAUGCGGUGGCAGCAGGUCACUUCUCUCAGCUGAUGACCACGGACGUCGUUGGAGGAGCUCCCCAAGAUGGAGGCGUUGGAAAGGUGUACAUAUUCCGCACAGAUAGGAAUUCUGGCUCUUUGAUAAAAAUCUUUCAGGCUUCUGGUAAAAAGAUGGGCUCUUACUUUGGCUCCUCCUUAUGUACAGUUGAUCUGAAUUCUGAUGGACUUUCAGACCUCCUGGUGGGAGCACCCAUGUUCUCUGAGAUUCGGGAUGAAGGUCAAGUCACUGUCUUCCUCAGCAGAGGAAAUGGAGUUAUGGAAGAGCAACGUGUUCUGAAUGGUGAUAAUGCCUACAACGCACACUUUGGGGAAAGCAUGGCAUCCCUUGGGGACAUUGAUGAUGAUGGAUUUCCAGAUGUUGCCAUUGGUGCUCCUAAAGAAGAUGACUAUGCAGGAGCAGUAUAUAUUUAUCACGGAUACAUUGGGGGCAUCAUUCCUCGAUAUUCCAUGAAAAUAUCUGGAAGGAAGUUAAGUCCAAGGUUGCAGAUGUUUGGCCAGUCCAUUUCUGGAGGAAUUGAUAUGGAUGGAAAUGGUUAUCCAGACGUGACAAUUGGUGCCUUUAUGUCAAACAAUGUAGUUCUUCUAAGAUCACGGCCUGUCAUUACAUUGGACAUUUCAAUUUUCCUGCCAGCGUCCAUUGACAUCACAGCUCCUCAGUGCCAUGAUGACUUACAACAAGUGAAUUGUCUAAAUGUCACUGCCUGCUUUAGGUUCAAAGGCAGACAUGUUCCAGGAGUGAUAGAUUUGAAUUAUAAUUUGAUAGCAGAUGUGGCAAAGAAAGAAAAAGGAUACCCAAUCAGGGUUUACUUCAUCUCUUCUGGAGAAGCAGCGGGCCAGAUCACAGAACAAUUGCAGCUCUCCUAUAUGCAGAAGAAAUGCUCAAACUACUUAGCUUUUGUAAAGAGAAGAGUCAAAGAUGUGAUAUCGCCAAUAGUCUUUGAAGCUACAUACAGCCUUGGGAAACAUAUUGUGGAAAAAGAAGAAAAAGAAUUACCUGCUCUCAAGCCGGUACUCCGAUGGAAAAAAGGCCAGAAGAUGUCACAGAGAAACCAGACUAUUUUUGAAAGAAAUUGUCAGUCUGAUGAUUGUGCUGCUGACCUGAAACUCCACGGUAAACUCUUCCUGUCUAGUGUUGAUGACAGGGCUCCUUAUCUGGCUUUGGGAGCUGUGAAGAACAUCUCGCUGAACAUCACCAUUUCUAACAUUGGGGAUGAUGCUUAUGACACAAACAUCGCUUUCAACUUUUCCAGAGAGCUUUUCUUUAUCAAAAUGUGGCAAAAGGAUGAGAUGGGUAUUGCUUGCGAAUUGCUGGAACCGGACUCAGACUUCCUUAAGUGCAGUGUGGGUUUUCCCUUCAUGAAAUCUAAAUCCAAGUAUGAAUUCAGUGUUAUUUUUGACACAAGCCAUUUGUCUGGCGAAGAAGAAAUUCUUUCAUUCCUUGUAUCUGCUCAGAGUGGGAAUUUGGAACACAAUCUUCAGGACAAUUCUCUCACGUUGACAAUCCCCUUGAUGCAUGAAGUGGAUUCAUCCAUCACUGGAACAGUGUCCCCCAGUUCUUUUAUUUAUGGUGAAUCAGUGGCAGCAUCUCAGUUUACAAAGCUGGAAGAUUUUGAGUGUCAUUUUCAGGACUUAAAUUUUACUCUUCAGGUCUAUAAUGCUGGGCCAAGUACCCUUCCUGGAUCUUUUGUUGCCAUUUCAAUUCCCAAUCGUCUCUCAGCUACUGGAGCUGAUAUGUUCCAUAUUCGACAGAUGAUGGUUGCCCAGGACAAAGGGAACUGCUCUUUUCAGAAUAACUCAACACCCUGUGUUAUUCCUCAGGAAAAGGAAAAUAUUUUUCAUACAAUAUUUGCCUUUUUUACCAAGUCUGGGAGGAAAGUACUGGAUUGUGAAAGACCUGGCAGGUCCUGCUUAAUUAUACGGUGUAAUUUAAGUUCACUAGCAAAAACUGAAUCCCGUAGCAUAGAUGUGCAAAUGCUUUUGAAUACAGAGAUAUUAAAGAAGGAUACCUCAUCAGUGAUUCAGUUUGUAACACGAGCAAAGGUGAGAGUGGACACAAGCAAACGGGCAAUCGAAGUACCUAAUGCGAAUUCUGAACAUGCAACAGUGGUCUUUGAGGCCUUGCACAAUCUGGAGCCUCGUGGUUAUGUGGUUGGAUGGAUCAUCGCUAUCAGUUUACUGGUGGGAAUUCUCAUCUUCCUGUUAUUGGCUGUAGUGCUAUGGAAGAUGGGCUUCUUUCGCAGAAAAUACAAAGAAAUCAUUGAGGCUGAGAAGAAUAGACAAGAGAAUGAAGAUAGUUGGGACUGGGUCCAGAAAAACCAAUGAAUUAUAUUGGGGGUAAGGAAACAUUAAAAUCCUGGCCAUGUGGUACACAGUUGUUCCCUAUUGGUCCUGCUCUUGUAUCUUCCAUAUGUGGAAGAAGGAAUCUUCUCCAGAUUUUCCGGAGGCCUCAUUGAUGCGGUUGUUCUUCAUCACCUUACAGUAGGGAACAUAUCUUGAGGCAACCACUGCAGACUUGUCAGGUGACUGAAGCAAUUUAUACAUCUUGGAAGAAAUGAACUUGGAUGACUAAGCUGCAGUGCAGAUCAAUAUUUAUGAAUCCAACAUAUAUGUGGUAUACCCUCAGGGGAAGACUGUUUCCGAAAAAAUAUUUUUCAUAAGUUUUUAUACUGAUUGUAUGUGUGUGUGUGUGUAUGUGUGUGUAUUUGUAUCAAUGUUGUAUGUUUUCUUUUGAGAUAGAUUCACAAUAGCUGCUGCAGUCCUAUAUUCACAUUUGCUUGGAAGCUAAGUUCCAAUAAAUUCAGUAGAGCUUACUUCUAAGUAGGUAUAUUAGAGAAUGCACUGUUAGAUUGUAAUCCUUUGCACACUUACCAGGGAAUAAGCCCAGUUACAUUUAGUUGGGUGUAGUGGGGCUUCCUUCUGAGUAAGUUCACAAAGGAUUGUCCUGUAAAGCACUGAUACCCAGCUGAAAUUUUGGUCAUGCAUAUGUGUUUGUAUCUACUAUACUGUACUUUUGAAUGUCAAUGCGAAAGAGAAGCAGUUGAAAUGAAUGGAAAGAUUUCAUGUAAUAGAAUCUACCAGUGAUGGUUAUGAUUUAUGCAAAGCCAAAUACUUUAAUUUUUUAAAAAAUCUGAAAUUAAAUGUUUGCUUACGUGAAAUUAAAAAAAAUCUGUUAUUCAGGGAUUAAACAUGGCACAUUUCAAAAGGAACAAUUUUUAUAUCUUUUCCUUGCUUUUGUUACAAUGUUCAGUUGUGCAGCCCUCAGUAGCAGGAAGCAGCAUUUUAUAUAUGUAAAAGGAGGGACUUUUUUUUAAAAGUAAUAAUUUACAAUUUCUUCAGCUAUCCCUUAGCAGUGGCUAAUGCUUUCAGUGUGAGGUUUCAUUUGUUUACACUUACAGCAGAGUUUCGUGUUGUGUGAACCUCAAACUGCAUGGCAAACCACCAGUAGAAUUAAGUUAACUUGCCAAAGACUUGCUAUCCACUUCCUAGUUUUGCAGUCUCAGGCAGGCAGCAGAAAUAGGAGGGACACCGACAUUUUGGUUCUAACUGUGUUUUGGUGAGUGGCACAGACUGGUUUGUCUUGCGGGACAAUGAGAAGACACUUCCAAAAUAAAUUACUGUCUUUUUGGAAGUAUCCCAAAAAGUAAUUUUGGAAUUAAUCACUGUCAUUCAUUUUGGAAGUAUCCCCUAUUUGGGGGGAAAAAUAAAGUGAAGAUGGAAAAUUUGGAGGACAAAUACAAUUGUUGGCACUAUAUACUGAUAUGAAAAAUGAUUGUUCUGGAAAGGAAAAUAAAGACUAUAUAUUAUUCUGUUUAA